AUGAAAAUUAAUAUAUCCAAACUUCAUGAAAACUUUAAACUGGAAGUUAAAAAUGCUGGUUCUUCGGAUGAAGAAAUAAAUACGAUACGGACUAUUUUCUCUGGAAAAGAGAUCCCUGAAGAGUAUCUUUGUUUUAUAUCUCAAGUUUCAGAAGCUGAAAUUUUAGUACAAGGAAAGUCAUAUAUUAGAAUAUGGGGCGCUGAAGGAUGUAUUGAGAUGAAUGAAUCUUAUCAUAUUCAAAAAUAUAUUCCUAAUGCAAUAGCUAUAGGAGAUGAUGAAGGGGGACAGGUAAUAUUUUAUGCAACAGGAGAUGAUGGUUAUGGUCUAUAUAAAGUAGGAUUCGGAAAUCUUGAUAUUGAGGAUGCUGUUUUCAUCUCUAAUAGUCUUUAUGAUUUGUUAAUGAAAGGUAAUGGCACUGAUAAUUUAAGUCCAUAA